AUGCGCACUUCAGGGUAGCCAACACGCAUCAAAGAGUUGCGCUAUAUAUAUACUGUGUUCCAUGUGUCAAUGAUUUUUCCAUUUGUGAGGUAGUGCAGGUUGAGUUUUAGUUGCAAGUACGCAAAAUGGAGUGUGUACAAAUUCCUGAUAUGGUGCAAGAUAAGGCGAUGGUCCCAUGUUGCGAAUGUGGGACAAGUAUUGUACCAAAUCCUGCCAAUAUGUGCAUACCAUGUCUGCGUACACGCGUUGACAUUACAGAAGGAAUACCCAAACAAGUUACUUUAUAUUUUUGCAAUAAAUGCGAAAGGUAUCUCCAGCCACCUUCCGAAUGGGUUCAUGCUGUUCUAGAAUCCAAAGAACUUCUAACAUUAUGUUUGAAGAGAUUGAAAGGAUUGGACCGUAAAGGAUUAAGGCUGAUAAAUGCUGGUUUUGUAUGGACAGAACCACAUUCCAAACGAUUAAAAGUACAGCUAAACGUUCAAGAAGAUGUAAUUGGCGGCGCAGUUUUGCAGCAAAUAUUUGUGGUUGAAUAUACCAUAAACAAUCAAAUGUGCACUGACUGUCACCGUAUAGAAGCUAAAGAUUAUUGGAAUGCAUGUGUACAAAUUCGACAGAAAGCGACAAAUAAGAAAACGUUUUUGCUCUUGGAGCAACUGGUGAUGAAAUAUAAAGUACACGAGCAAGCUGUAGGCAUGAAGCCUGUUAAUGACGGUUUGGACUUUUUCUAUGCCAAUGAAUCUGCAGCCAGAAAGAUGGUUGAUUUUCUAGUAACGGUCGUGCCAUGUCGUUAUCAACAUUCAAAGAAAUUAAUUUCACACGAUUGUCAUAGCAAUAUAUACAAUUACAAAUUUACUUACAGCGUUGAAAUCGUUCCAGUCUCCAAGGACAGUGUAGUUUGCUUACCGCGAAAAUUAACUCAACAGUUAGGUGGCAUCAGCCCUAUUUGUUUGGUACAUAAAAUCACGAAUUCCGUGCAUCUCAUGGAUGUUUCAUCAGGACAAGUUGCCGAAGUCAGUGCGACCGUUUACUGGAGAUACAACUUCAACAGUAUAUGUAAUCCGAAACAAUUAAUGGAAUAUAUCGUGAUGAAUAUUGAAAUAAUAAGGCACGAGAACAAGAACAUUUUUCCAGGACAAGGGUGCAUCUCUAACAAACACGUUAUAGCAGACGUAUGGUUGGUGAAAGCAUCUGAAUUAGGGAUAAACAAUAAUGAAAUUCAUACACGCACGCAUUUGGGGCACAUACUUAAACCAGGCGAUUCAGUCCUAGGUUACGCUCUGAAAGAUAGUAAUAUCAACGACACGAAUUUCGAUAAACUAAAUGACGAUACGGUGCCCGAUGUCAUUUUGGUGAAGAAAUUUUAUGGUCACGAUAAGGCGGCUCGCCGCAGAGCACGACUAUGGAAAUUAAAACAUAUCGUCGACGAAGUUGUCAGUAUGAAUACAGAAAAUAAUGAGUAUAAUGAUUUCCUCGACGAGCUGGAGGAGGACCCAGAAUUCCGGCAGAACGUUAAUAUAUUCAGGGAUUCCAGUAAAAUACCCGUUGAUACUGAUGAAAUAGAUCCGACUGUUCCGCGGAUCACGCUCGCGGAAAUGCUGGACGAUCUUGCGAUCGAGGAUGUUGAAAUGGGUGAUUCAUGAAAUAUUUAUGUCCAACAAAAGUGUACAUAAAAUAUACAAAAUAAUCUUCCAGAGCACAGAGCACAGCAUGUGCACGAGUUAUUUUUCUGAUCGUCUCUUACAGAUUAGUACACUUUCAACUUUAUCUGGAUUAAUCGUUAGUCGUCAUAUGUUAAUGUAAUUAAUAAUAUAUCUUGAAUAUGUAUAACGUACAUUUAUUAUAUCAUUAAAAAUGGACAA